GGCCCACCUCAUCCACAUCUACAUCCAAAUCGAAAAUCGAAAAGAUAGAAAUUAGCGCCUGAAGAUUGAGUGUUGAGUGCUACUGCCCGGCCUUGGUUUCAACAUGUCCAAUCCGGACGUUGGUCAACUCCAAUCACGGAUUGCCGAUUUGGAAGGGCUUUUGGCCGCGGCUCAGGGGACUGGCUCGUCUUUGCCGUUGACGGAUGCCGGGUUACCUGGACGAGCUAAGAUCGCGGCCAUGAGCUCGGAAGUGGUGGACUCGAACCCGUACUCGCGACUCAUGGCCCUCAAGCGCAUGGGCAUCGUGGACAACUACGAGAAGAUCCGAGACUACACGGUAGCCGUAGUGGGCGUGGGCGGAGUGGGUUCGGUCACGGCCGAGAUGUUGACCCGCUGAGGUAUCGGCAAACUCAUCCUUUUCGAUUACGACAAGGUUGAGUUGGCUAACAUGAAUCGGUUGUUCUUCCAACCGCAUCAAGCGGGCUUAUCCAAGGUAGAUGCAGCCGCCAAAACCUUAGCAUCCAUCAACCCGGACGUGAUAUUCGAGACGCACAACUACAACAUCACCACGGUGGACCACUUUGACCAUUUCAUGUCCAGAAUCAGUCAAGGGUCGUUGGUUGAGGGUCAGCCCGUGGAUCUGGUGUUGAGUUGCGUAGACAAUUUCGAGGCCCGCAUGGCCAUCAACAAGGCCUGCAACGAACUGGGGCAAACCUGGUUCGAAAGCGGCGUGUCCGAGAAUGCCGUGUCCGGUCAUAUUCAGUUCCUGGUCCCGGGGGAAACCGCCUGCUUCGCUUGUGCACCGCCCUUGGUCGUGGCCAGCAAUAUUGACGAGAAAACGCUGAAACGCGAAGGCGUAUGCGCUGCCAGUUUGCCCACCACCAUGGGCAUUGUGGCCGGGUUUCUCGUUCAAAACACUCUCAAGUAUUUGCUGAAGUUUGGCGAAGUCUCGCAGUAUUUGGGCUACAACGCCAUGGUGGAUUUCUUCCCCAAGAUGCCCGUCCGACCCAAUCCUGAAUGCGAUGAAUACCAUUGUGUCCAACGUCAAAAGACGUAUCAGCAGGAACUAGCCCGCCGAAAGGCCGAGGAGCCUGAAGUGGCUCCGGUCCUAGUGGAGGAGGAUGUGGUUCACGGGGAUAAUAGUUGGGGAAUAUCUCUGGUGAGUGAAGAUGCGGAAGAGACUAGUGCCACUGCCAUGAGUGGAGAGACGCCGGAGGUCGUGGAAGGUGUUUAUCGGGCCUACGAACGGCCCAAGGAGGCCAAACCCACUACAGAAUUAGAGCCCAGUGAUGCUGCCUCGAAAGUGGAACAAUCUCUGGAUGAGCUGAUGAAGCAAAUGCAGUCACUUUGAAUAGGACGGAUCGACGUCAAUGAUUACUUUGUUAUAUUUUCGUUACGUUUGCUGUGUUUCUACUACAAGAAUAUGGUCAUUACAAAUCUGUGUAAAUCGUCUCCAAGUUCUCCCAAGAGAGGGAGGGAGGGAUUUCUUGUUUUGGUCGUAA